UGAAACAUAUGUAAAAGACAAAAAAUGUCCUAGAACAAGAUUACAUAAAUAUCUUCGAUCUAUAAAUAAGAAUCAACCUGAUGGAAUGCGUUGGAUUUUAUUUCAAGUUGGUAUCUUUGAUGAAGAAGUCCUUAAACAUGAUAUCUCAACAAUUACGACCGCAUUUAAUAGUCCAAGUCAAUAUAUUUUCAUAAAUAUUACGGUCAAAGAAGACUUGGCUCAAUUGGUAGUUGAAGCUAUAGUAUCAAAAGAAAUUGAACUCAAUAGAAAUUAUGUGGUCGGAGAUUUUGUCGCGCAUACAUUCUUAGGGCAUGUAUAUCAAGUUGCAAACAAUGGUGCUCCAUUAAAUUUACAUAUGCCAGCGGACAUAAGUGAAUUCGAAAUUAAUAAUCAAUUGCGCUUAUCUGGAAUUGUAUCUGCUAGACCGCUUCCGCGUAUACUCUAUCCAGGGUGCAGCAUCUUUCUUCAUAAACUUGGAAUUGAGGUAUCAUUCCAACAUGAUGCGGCGAUAUAUAAAAUACUAAAAUAUCAUCGUCGUACAUCCCUCAAGGAGUGGUUUCGUAAUAGAAUUCACUCCACUUCCUCCUCUUAAAAAUAUAGAUCAUUACAUAAGAAAAUUUUUAUUUUAAGGAAUUUUUUUUUAAAAA